UGGAGGGAGGGAGCUGCUGAGCUCCAGGUCCUUCCCCCUCUCUGGUUGUGAAUAUAAGACUGCAGCUCCAAGGCCUUACUGCCUCUACGCCUGGACAGACAGACAGACCGACAGACAAGAUGCACUCCUCUGAGCCCUCACUACACUGGUCGUCUGCCAGAGGAUGCACACUGAAGGUAUGUACGGUGCUAUGUUGGCGGAGCGUCGGUGUGCUGUACUCCAUCUUGUGCCUUGCAGCUCUACCAGACCAUGCAGAGUCUAGAGCACGCUGUGGAUCUGAACUUGUUGCCCACCUAGAGUUUGUGUGCGGAGACCGUGGAUUUUACAGAGCACCGAACGGACUUCGUUCCACCCGAGGGAAUGGUACUCGCCUCAGAGGGAGUGGGACUCGGGUCCGAGGGAAGGGAAUUGUGGAGCAGUGUUGCUUAAAGGCCUGCGACCUGCAGCAUUUGGAGAGCUACUGCGCAAAGCCAAAGCGGAGCCGACGACACGCUCCCCUCACGCCUCAGCAAGUUAUGGAGGUGCAAUUUCAGGCUGUUUUUCGGAGGAGAAUAAUGAACCACUGGAAACUUGAGUCAAGUCAUGAUGAAGAGAGGCAAAUCCUCAGUGUGCAUCAUCAAAAGAAAGUACAUUAUGGACACGAGAGACCGCUAAGGGUCAGUGCUGAGGGGAACACAGCAAGAACAACAGACAAGGACUCCCUCAGACUGAAGGAAUCCCUUCAAAGCAGCAACAACAACACGGCCAUUGUGAUCUUUGACCUUUUUGAGGCCAGCAUUUCAAGAAACUGAGAUGAACAGUCUGAACUGGGCACAACAAGAUAUCUCUCCAAUCCUUUUGUUCUUGGCUGUGGGACUGACAAGUCGAUACAGUACACCCAAUGCACUUUAAAUGCUAGUCAGAGGAACAGAGCAAAACAUACAAUGAUCUAGUUCUGUUUAGUGUAUGUCAACAGAUAUUUUGGGUAUUUAAUACAUUAUACAUAAAAGUUGCAGGACCUAUCCUGGAAUUGUUCUGUACCCCUGAUGUUCUUUAGCAGCAUGUCAAAUAAUGUACAUUGGUUUCAAUUCUUCUUGCAUUCUAACAAUAGCACAAUUAUGUGAAUGCAUUAUAAAUAGAAGGAGAAGAAGUUAACUAAAAUAAAUAAUGUA